AUGAAUCCGCCCCUCCUCCUCCAGUGCAACGUUAACCACUCCCGCGGGGCUCAGGAUCUCAUGAUCCAGAGCCUCGCGGAGUUGGGCGGGGUAAUUGCAGUAGCGGCCGAGCCGUACAACGUCCCCGACCACCCGUCGUGGUUGGGGGCGGAGGACGGCUCGGUCGCACUGUACUUCAGGUAUGGCAGCGGCCCGGAGUCCUCUGUCUUCUCUCUUUUAGAGAGGGGCAGGGGCUUUGUAGCCGCAGAAUGGGAAGAACUGGCAAUAGUGGGGGGAUACUUCUUGCCCAACAGGCCCUUCCGCGAAUUUGAGCAGUAUCUGGGCAAGCUAGAGCGCGUCGUUCGAACGCAUAGUGCUCGCCCGGUGCUGGUCCUGGGAGACUUCAACUCCAAGUCUAAGGCUUAG